AUGUACCACCGUUAUUAUUUCUCCACCCAUGUGUGGUUUUUUUUUCUGUGUCAAGGAAAGUGCAUCUUGGGUCACAAAGUUGACACAUCAGAUUAUCGGGUCACACCAUCCCUCCCUGGAUUUGGGAACCUCACCCAAGGAUACAACAGAUAUCUCAGGCCAAAUUUCGGUGGAAAGCCUGUGAUGAUAGCCAUGAGUCUUGAUGUUGCAAGUAUUUCCAGCAUUUCUGAGAGUGAUAUGGACUACACAGCUACAAUAUAUUUGCGGCAACGCUGGACAGAUCCCCGUUUGGUUUUUAAGGGGAACCAGAGUUUUACUCUGGAUGCCCGGUUGGUUAAAUACCUGUGGGUGCCUGACACGUAUAUCGUGGAGUCGAAAAGGUCUUUCUUACAUGAGGUCACAGUAGAGAAUCGGCUUAUACGGUUGUUCUCCAAUGGUACCGUCUUAUACGCUUUGCGAAUCACAACCACUGUUGCAUGUAACAUGGACCUGUCAAAAUACCCUCUGGAUACCCAGACGUGUAAACUGCAGAUGGAAAGCUGGGGCUAUGAUGAAAACGACGUACUGUACAGAUGGUUGAGGGGAAAUGAUUCUGUCCAUGGCCUUGAGAACUUGCGGCUCUCCCAGUACACUCUGGAGCAUUAUUAUACCCUUUUAGCAAAGUCAUAUCAGGAAACAGGAAAUUACCCAAGACUGAUAUUGCAGUUUGAGCUCAAAAGAAAUAUCCUUUAUUUCAUUCUGGAGACUUACGUGCCAUCCUCCUUGCUUGUCAUUUUGUCUUGGGUUUCUUUCUGGAUCACCCUGGAUUCAGUUCCUGCAAGAACAUGUAUUGGAGUAACAACCGUGCUGUCAAUGACAACACUCAUGAUGGGGUCACGAAACUCAGUAACGAAGACCAAUGGUUUCAUAAAAGCCAUUGAUAUUUACCUGGGCAUCUGCUUCAGCUUUAUAUUUGGUGCUUUGGUGGAAUAUGCAGUUGCUCACUACAUCGCAUCUCAAAAAUGUGCAGCCAAUAAGGCUCAAAAGGCUUCUGCAAUUGAUGUUACCAGAGAAACUGAAGAAGUCACCAUAACCAACAUCCUUAAUACUUCCAUCACCAGCUACAAUCAAAAGAUAAACUUUGCCACCAUUGAUGAUGUUACCUAUGGUGGCUUAGCCAUGACCCCAAAGGACAAAAUUCGGUUUAUCUUGAAGAACAAAAUGCGCAAAGUUGUCGGCUAUUUCACAAUCCAAAAUCCAAGCAACAUUGACCACUGUUCAAAACUCCUAUUUCCUUUGUUUUUUGUAAUAGUCAAUUUGUUGUACUGGGCCUAUUACCUGAUUUUUUAG